AUGGCUAUUGCAAAGCUCAAGAUGCUAUUUCAGAAAGGAGAAAAGGGGCCUUUAGAUUCUUGGAUCUUCCAUUUGAAAUACGCCUCCUCAUAUAUGAGUUCGUCUUCGGCCACUGGAAAGACCAGACCACGAUUAUCCACCGGAGAAGGUGUAGAUAUGCGGUUUGCUGGCGGCCACCGAGAGAUAAGGUCCUUGCGAGGAGCCCUAUCUGCCGAAGCGCUCAACGUGCUAUAUGCUAAUACCUGCUUUCGAUUCCAUACCAGGGUUGCAAACCCCGCGGACCACAGCUUCUUCACCUUUCGAAAGCAGGUCUAUGCCGCACACUUUUCAAUGAUUCCAGCUCUCGAAAUCACGUUCUUGCUUGGCCCACCGUACCAGCCAUGGGAGGCCCGGUACCGAGAAUUCUGUGGCAUCCUUGCUGCCAUGCCAAAGCUGCGCAAGUUGAAGCUAAUGCUGAUAUCUGAUGACUUUCCUGAAUUCACGCCUUUUCAGGAGGAACGGCAGGCUUGGGUAUUGCUGAUGAAACCGCUCACCGUGAAGACGUCAUUGAAGGAGCUGGAUAUUGCACUUUUGAUUGAAGUCGAGGAGGGGAUGCUUUUGGGGCCGAUUAAUAUAUUUUCUCACACGGACAGCUUGAAGGGUUGA